UUCAGUCUGUUUUGGUGUAUCGUGGAGUUCGGAUCGUCAGCAGCUGCUGCCGUGGACUAUUUUUGCCGCUCGUGCAUGUGCUGAAGCCAAGAAAAUUGUAAGAAAGAAGAGAGAACGAAGAGAGCAGGAAAUUGUGGGAUUGCUCGGUUUAGAGUGGAUUAAAGUGGCGGAAUCCCAUAAGAAAGAGUGUGUAAGGCAUGUGCAAGAGGUGCAAUGUUUAAAGUGUUUUCACUGUGAAGUGUUUAUUGGAUAAUUUUGCGUGUUAGACACUUGUCCCGGAGGGCCUCGUGUGCAGCUUCCGGGUGAUCAGGGAAAGUAUUAUUAGAGAGAGAGAACACUAGAAUAAAAAUUUCCUCAAGAGACAGAGUGUAAUAUCAGUCAGUGUGUCUUCCUUGUAUGCCCCGGAAUUGUCUUUGGGCCACUCUACCAUGGAGGAGGAGCUACGUUGUCCUGUCUGCAAGCAACUCUUUGCGAGUCCCGUGCUCCUGCCCUGCUACCAUGCUCUAUGCCUAGGCUGUGCCCUAGAUCUGCAGACACCCUCUAGCACCACAACCAUUGUCACGGCUCAGGUGCAUCCAGCACCACCUAAUCAUCAGCAUCCCCAUCACGUAUCUUCCUCCUCAUCUGCAUCCUCAACUUCCUCAGCUUCCUCCACUUCCUCUGCUUCCUCCACGGGCAGCUCCAGUGCCCCCGAGAGCGUCUCCUCGGAUCAAGAUCAAGCUGACAAAGUCAGCAUCCUAAGCGAAGCCGAUUCAGGUGUGGUCUGCUGCACUUCCAGACCUGGCUCCUACGCCGGCACCCCCAAUCUCCAGGGUCUGCUUUUCCCACCAUCCGGUGGGGCCGUUUUCUCCCUGGCCUGUCCCCUCUGUCGCAAGAUUGUCUUCUUCGACGAGGGUGGGGCUCGCAAUUUGCCCCCCUAUCGCGCCAUGGAGUCCAUUGUUGACCGAUUUUGCGAACGCGAGGCUCUCAGGUGUCAAAUGUGCGAAUCCGAGCCGCGUGUGGCUUCCGUUGUGUGUGAACAGUGUGAGAUCCGCUACUGCGACACCUGUCGCGAACUCUGUCAUCCCGCCCGUGGACCCCUAGCCAAGCAUAGUCUCACCAAACCCCGCGGGGCUUCCACGGUCAGGGAGUCCGUCUGUGCUGAACACACUGAAUCUCUGAGUCUCUACUGCAUCACCUGCAAGUGUCCCACGUGCCAGCAGUGUCUCACUGAGAAUCGCCAUCAUUCGCACGAUGUUCAAGCCAUCUCGGCCAUGUGCAAGGCUCAAAAGACGGAACUAUCGCACAAUCUGCAGCAAUUGUCAGAAAAAGCCAGAUCAACGACAGAAUUCAUCCAGCGACUGAAAGGGAUGAGUGACAAAGUGACUGAUUCUUGUAUUGAAUUCGAGAGAUUGGUGACGGCACAAUGUGAAGCACUAAUCCAGGCAAUUCAUGAUCGCCGGGAAUAUCUCUUGGAAGCAAUCAGGCGGGAUAAAGACACUAAACUGCGGAUACUUAAAGAACAGCAAACAAGUUGUACGGGAAAAUUGCAACAAACAACAGGAUUAAUUCAGUUCUGUAUAGAAGCUCUCAAAGAGACUGAUAGUGCAGCAUUUUUGCAGGUGGGAACGAUGUUGAUACACCGUGUUGCCAAUACGGAUGUUACAUGGCAUCAAGAGGUGACAAAUGCAGCUCCUCGUGUUUCACCUAUUGUGGACCUAACACUGGAUGACACACCACUCCUGCGAGCCAUUGACAAUCUCAAUUUCAUUCAGAUGAAGCCAUCUAAAGAUGGUGAGGAAAGAAUACCAGCAGCCCCACUGGCACCAGGGAUAAUCCCGGAAGACUGUUCGGCAGAGAAUAAUUCAGUGACUGUGGCGUGGCAGGCACCAAAUCACUCAUUUGUCGAGGGAUACGUCCUGGAAAUGGACGAUGGCAAUGGUGGUGAUUUUCGCGAAGUUUACUGCGGCAAAGAGACCAUUUGUACCGUGGACGGACUCCACUUCAAUUCCAUGUAUAAUGCACGUGUGAAAGCGUUCAACAGUACCGGCGAAGGGGAGUAUUCCGAACUAAUUGGACUCCAGACUGCCGAGGUUGCCUGGUUCACGUUCGACAGCCAGUUAAGUGGUGGUCCGUGCUCGGGAUUGAACUUCAGCAAUGACAACGCCACAGUUUCAGCUGACGGCUGGGAGCAUAGGGUGGCCCUGGGAUCAGUGGGAUUCUCCCGUGGUGUCCACUACUGGGAGUUUACUGUCGACAAGUACACUGCAGACACGGAUCCGGCCUUUGGAGUGGCGCGUAUCGAUGUGGCCAGAGACAAAAUGCUGGGUAAGGAUGACAAGGGAUUUGCAAUGUACAUCGACAGACAACGUUCCUGGUUCCAGCACAAUUCAGUGCACGAACGACGAGUUGAAGGUGGAAUUUCCACAGGAAGCACAAUUGGAGUACUUCUGGAUCUGGAGCGGCACGUCCUGAGUUUCCUGGUGAACGAAAUGCCUCAGGGUUCAGUUGCUUUUCGUGAUCUCUACGGUGUCUUCUAUCCCGCCGUCAGUGUCAAUCGCGGUGUCACCCUCACCCUGCACACUGCCCUCGAUGCCCCACAAAUGGACUAUCGCCACUAAAGUUUCCAAUCUCAAGCAAAAUUCAUCCCUCAUCUCAAUGUUUCAAAGAGCCCAAAAUACAAAACACUGAACGAAUUUAUCGCACUAACUUCACCCAACAUAUCUCCAAGACAUUUUCGCACCACGGAGGGAAGAUUCAGCUGAAUUUCCUCGCAUGAAAUUGAAGGGGAAAUUAAGUUAAAUUCAAUCACAAGCGUGUAAAUACCCGUGAAAACAUCCUUCAUAGCAAUUUCAAACCUACCCCUCUGCCAUCCCCAUUUCUCCCAAAA